GCGUCCUGCGUGCUGGCGUAAAGCCGCCCAAACGUUUGGGUGUCUGCGUAAGCUGUAUACUUAAACGUUUGAGUUCACCGAGCGAAGUCAUAGUUAAGUUACCUACUGCGUGAGUGGUAGGGUGUUCAGUUCUUUUUCCGCGAUGAGUCAUGUGGUGGUGGGAAAUACAGCCGACCUGGACCAGCAAUUUGCUGGUCUUGAUCUCAACUCCUCGGAUAAUCAGAGUGGAGGUGGAAGUACUGAGAACAAAGGGCGCUAUGUACCUCCUCAUUUAAGGAACAGAGAUACAUCUAAAGGAGUCUAUGAUAAAGACUGUUCUGGGUGGAGUUGUAAAGAUAAAGAUGCCUAUAGCAGUUUUGGAUCUCGUGAUUCCAGAGGAAAGCCCAAUUAUUUCAGUGACCGUGGAAUUGGAUCCAGGGGAAGGUUUGAUGAUCAUGGUCGAAGUGACUAUGAUGGUAUUGGAGGUCGUGAUCUAACUGGAUAUGGCAAAUUUGAUAGAAGUGUUCAUAGUCGUUGGGGUGACAAAACAGAUGAAGAUGAUUGGUCAAAACCACUUCCACCAAGUGAACGCUUAGAGCAAGAACUUUUUUCUGGUGGAAACACUGGGAUUAACUUUGAGAAAUAUGACGAUAUACCAGUAGAGGCAACUGGAAGUAACUGUCCUCCUCAUAUUGAAAAUUUCAGUGAUGUUGAGAUGGGAGAAAUUAUCAUGGGAAACAUUGAACUAACACGUUACACUCGUCCUACUCCAGUGCAAAAACAUGCUAUUCCUAUUAUUAAAGAAAAAAGAGACUUAAUGGCUUGUGCUCAAACAGGUUCUGGGAAAACGGCUGCAUUUCUACUACCCAUUCUCAGUCAGAUAUAUACAGAUGGUCCAGGAGAGGCUUUGAAGGCUAUGAAGGAAAAUGGAAGAUAUGGUCGCCGCAAACAGUAUCCAAUCUCCUUGGUAUUAGCCCCAACAAGAGAAUUGGCUCUACAGAUCUAUGAGGAAGCCAGAAAAUUUUCAUACCGGUCUAGGGUCCGUCCUUGUGUAGUGUAUGGUGGUGCUGAUACUGUUCAGCAGAUUCGGGACUUAGAACGUGGAUGCCAUUUGUUAGUUGCCACUCCAGGACGUCUAGUGGAUAUGAUGGAAAGAGGAAAAAUUGGAUUAGACUUCUGCAAAUACUUAGUGUUGGAUGAAGCUGAUAGGAUGCUAGAUAUGGGAUUUGAACCUCAGAUACGUCGUAUAGUUGAACAGGACACUAUGCCACCAAAAGGCAUUCGUCACACUAUGAUGUUUAGCGCUACUUUUCCUAAGGAAAUACAGAUGCUUGCUCGUGACUUUUUAGAUGAAUAUAUUUUUCUGGCUGUAGGCAGGGUAGGCUCUACUUCUGAGAACAUCACACAGAAAGUAGUUUGGGUCGAAGAACUAGACAAGCGGUCAUUUUUACUUGAUCUUUUAAAUGCAACAGGGAAGGAUUCACUGACUUUAGUAUUUGUGGAGACUAAGAAGGGUGCUGAUUCUUUGGAGAAUUUCUUAUUUCAAGAAGGAUAUGCUUGUACCAGUAUUCAUGGAGACAGAUCACAGAAAGAUCGAGAGGAGGCUCUUCACCAGUUCCGCUCAGGGAGAAGGCCAAUUCUAGUGGCUACAGCUGUGGCAGCAAGAGGUCUAGAUAUUUCAAAUGUGAAACAUGUUAUCAAUUUUGAUUUGCCAAGUGAUAUUGAAGAAUAUGUACAUCGUAUUGGCCGUACAGGACGUGUAGGAAACCUUGGACUUGCCACCUCAUUUUUCAAUGAGAGGAAUUUGAACAUCACAAAAGAUCUGUUAGAUCUCCUUGUUGAGGCUAAACAAGAAGUGCCAUCUUGGUUGGAGAAUAUGGCCUAUGAACACCACUACAAGGGUAGCAGUCGGGGACGGUCUAAAAGCCGAUUCAGUGGAGGAUUUGGUGCCAGAGAUUAUCGUCAGAGCAGUGGUUCUGUAAAUUCUGGGUUUAAUAGUAAUCGUGCCAGUAGCAGCCGAAGUGGUGGUAAUAGUCACAACAACAGAGCAUUUGGUGGAGGUGGCUGUGGAGGUUUCUACAAUAAUGAUGGAUAUGGAGGAAAUUACAACUCCCAGACUGUUGACUGGUGGGGCAAUUGAAUUUGUGCCUAAGUCAACUGUUCAUAUAGCUAAUAUGGAAACCACAUGUAACUUAGCCAGACUGUAUUGUGUAGCUUCAAGAUCCUGCAGUACAUUACCAGCUGUGAUUCUUCUAAAAAUUGAUGUGAGCUCAAAGUCACAAGACAUGAAAGCAACAACCUGUACCUCUGUUCAAAAGUUGAUGUAAAGACUUAUUGUACCUUGGAUUAACUCCCUGCAUACUUGGUUCCUCCUAAACUGCACUUAAAAUUUGUGACUGCGAAUAAUAAUUUGUUAAUGUACUGUGACUUUUUAACUUUAAACUACUUAUUUGUUGUCCUGUUGACUCAGUAAUCUUCAAGAUAACAUUUGUUUUAACAAAAUAAAUUUCAUUGAACUUGGGCUACAACCACAACCAAACCUUGGCACACAAGUGUAGAUAUUUUAACAGGAAUCAGUCAGUUCAUUGCUAAAUAUGAUGGUGAAAGACUUUAGGCAAUAGCCCGAAUAAGAAAUUUUGGUGUAUGCAAAGUUGAUGAUAGAAGCUUUUUUUAAAGUUUGUAAUGUGGCAGACAAUUCAAAACUAAAGUUCUGAUUUGCUCACUCUAUCCUGGAUUGGCACUUAGAACCUUAAAACUAUUUUUAAAAUGGAAUAUAUGAAUAUAACCUUAAUAUUUUUGAAAACUCUCAAUACAGAUAAAUACAGAGAUUUCUUAUUUAAUGUUUUGGUAACUUAAUGGUGGCAUACUCCUAUAGGAAAAGUUUCGAGAUCUGGUAAGAAUUUGGGAUAUAAAGUUUGUUUUUAUUUAUUUAAUGUCUGCCAUAAAGAAAAAUGACAUAUAAGAAUGACUGACUCUGACAGGGAUGAGACCUCAUUACAGCCUUGCUAAUUCUGGUCUUUAAUGCAUGCUAGUGUUGUGUUUUUUGGUCAAGAGAUUAUGAGCAGAAAGAAUUGUGCAGCAGCAGGCUUUUAUUAUUACAUAUCAAAUUUUUCUGUUACAGCUUUGUUAAAAUGUAAAAUGGCUUACAUUUGUCUAAGACUUCAUAAAUCUAAGAAUGGCAAAUUGUAAUCCUGUAUCUUACAUGUUGGCUAUGUGUACUAAUUAUUCAUGGUGGUCAGUACAGUGCAGUUUUCAUGUAUUUUAGUUGUAUAGGUUUCCAUUGUAUAAUAGUCAUUUUAAUCAGCCAAAAAUGAUUGUUCAUCACUAAAAAUGCCUCUUUCUUUGAGAUUUUUUUCUGGAUAGGAUAGUAACUUUAAAAAACCAUUGAGAUUGUCUUGAGUUGACAGUUUUUUUCUAAAAGUGCAAUAGAUUUUCAAGUGUAUUGUGCCUUGUAUUAAACUACUAAAGUAGGUGUACUUGACAGUAUUAUUAAGGUUCUUUGUUAUGGUGCUAUUUCAAUUAAUAGAGGUUUAGACUGUACAUUGCCCACAACUUUCUACAAAGCACUUAUUUUAUUGCACAUGAAGAGAAUUUUAUAUGUGUAUAUUCUGUACAAGUCUUUAAGGUUCCAAUUGGAGAUUUCUGACUGAAAACUACAGUGUUUCAGUAACUUGGUUCAAAAACUUGGGACCAAGUAAUGUUAGUUUAAGAUAAACUAUUUGCACAAAACAGACUAUUUUGCUGCUAGCUUGUGUAAUAUUUAUUGAACAUUUUGACAGAUAUUUAUUUUUGUAAGCCUAAAAGUGAUUCUUUGAAAGCUUAAAGAAAGUUGACCAAAAGACAAUAUAAAAACACUGGCAUUUGAAUGUUGAUUGUCAAUGUGUGUGAAAUAGUAUAUUUUGGGGUAAUGUGAGCUUUAAUAUUAAGUUCUACUAUGCUUGAGUCAAAUUAAUCUAACUCAGAUUGGUGUUAUAGAUAUGCUUUUAUGACAAAAUGAGAGGCAACUGGAAUAUUGAAAAUUUGACUUGCCAAGGUUUAAUAUAUUUAAGAUACUAAUGAAAACUCAUUAUUUUCUCAAACUGUGUCUGAAUUUACCUUAUUAACAUGGUCUGUUUGGCUCAGCAUUGUAACUGUCUGGCAUAUUUGUAAUUUUCAAACAUGUGGUUAUAUCUUUGUGCUGCCAUAAGCAGUGACUUUUUACAUUCAAUUUUUAGCCAGUAAUAUUUUUAGUAAAUAAUAGAUUAGACUUGCUGAAUGUAAACAUGGAGCUUUGAGUCACUGUAAAGUUAGUAAUUGCUUUAUCUUAUUAGCGUUAGAUACUAGCACUGCAUGUGCCUACUUUACUCUCAUUUUACUAAAAUAAAAAGUAUAGCAAAAUGCUA